AUGUUAUUACGUCGGAGCUCUGUCAAAGUUGGCAGCCUUGCUUACAGACCCGAUGUUAUUAAGCGCUCAACGACAACGAAGGCCUUCAGAAUAAUCACGACCCGAAAAUCCAACAAGAUUAUGUCCCAGACAGAAAUACCUACAGAACAGACUACCACCAUAGCCACGGGUUAUGUAGUAGGUGGUGGUAAUGUUGAUGAUAAAGGCUCAACCACCGCUGUCGUCUCUGUGGAGGAGACCAGAACGACCACAGCAAUCUCGGCCUCUGUCGCCACCGCUCCUGAGAAAACUACCAUAAUCGACGACUCUAUGUACGGCAAGGAAGAAAGCGAUUCAGACGACGAAGCACCACCUACUUGGGACGGUGGAUUGCCUCGCGCCAAAAUUAGGGCACCUACGGUAGGCGGUGACAAGAAAGACGACAAAAAAGGUGGAAAAGACGAAAAGAAGGACAAUCAAGGCGGUAAGAACGACGAAGGCAGCCAAACGGGAGACGUGAAGUAUAAAGCCCUACGGAGGCGUUCCAUACCGAACUCCAGCCUCACGAUGCCCGGCGCCUCAGACAUAACCGUCAUACAGACCACCACCACAGUGACCACAGCCGACGUGGUUGAAGCUGCCACUGUCGACGAGAAACGCCCGAAUGUGGUUGGCGGCGCUGUCUUCACAUCUGAGACCACGACAAUUGUGGCCACCUCGGCACUGGUCGAGAUACCUGAGCAGACCACCCCUAUUAGUGGCCCAAAUUCUGACGAAGGAGAAAGCGAUGACGAAGAGCCAGUCUGGCUGGGCGGAAUGCCUCGAGGUAAAUUGGCCCAGAAUGCAGUGGGCCCAAGAAGCAAUAAGAAGGGCGACAAGAAAGACGACAAGAAAGACGAUAAGAAGGGCGACAAGAGGGACGACAAGAAAGGAGCAUCCGGGAAGGGUUCGAAUAAGUGA